AAAACAAUAUGUUAUAGAAUAAGAAAAGUCGCGCACAAACCGUUUCGCUCUUUCUCCAAUUUUGCUCGUCCCCUCCACCGCCAUUUGCGGACUCUUUCAACUCCCCACGGUCUCCACCUCGUAGAAUCCUCACCCCCUCAAUCCCACUACACGACUAGCGAAGCAAAGUAUAGUAAACUCCACACACACGCACACGCACACGCACACGCACACGCGCUUGCGCUCGAUCGAUUUGGUAACGAACGAGGAGAGUUCUCGGUGUGGAAUUUGCUGUUUUUAAGCAAAGGUCGCUCUCUUUCGUGCCCAGGUGAGAAAAAUUUGAUCUCUUUGAAGCUGCUUUAAGCAGAGUAUGCUCUCUUCCAAGUCCAGAUCCGGGUCAUCGGAAAUGGCACCAAAAGCCUCUCCUUUUGGGCCUAAUUCGAAACCUCCUUCCCCCAAAUCCACGAAGUCGACGCCAUUCUCAUCGGAUUCCUCGGAUUCACGAUCCGCCAAACUCCUGGAGCGCAAAUCCUCCGCAAAGGCGACACCUUCCCCUGAGAAGCGAAGCACAAAAGUUACGGAGAUGCAACAGCAAAUUAGUCAACUCCGUGAUGAACUGAAGAGGGAGAAAGAGGAGAAGACCCUAACUUUAGAGGAACUCACCGAGCUUAAGAAGAGAAGUUCUUCUUCGGAUAGAGUACGAGUUCUUGAGAAAGAAGUGGAGAAGGCGAAGCAGUCGGAAAGGAAGAUGCUUGAAUCACUUGUCUCGCAAACCAAACAGCUUGAGCAAACCAAGAUUUCUCUGGAAGAAGCCAAGCUUGAGAUAAGGAACUUGGAGGCUUCUGCUUCUUCGGCCAGCAGAAGCAGUAGGAAUUUGCAGACCCAUCUUAGGAACAACGGGUUUUUCAAUGCGUUUGCGGGUGAGGAGGAGAUUAAAGUGCUUAAGAAUGAGCUUAAGCUGGCCACAGAAGCCGAAGAGAAAAGCAACAAGGCAAUGGAUGACUUGGCCAUUGCUCUCAAGGAAGUAACCACGGAGGCCAAUCAAGUGAAGGGGAAGCUCUUGGUGAAAGAGAUGGAGUUGGAGAACGCAAAAGCAGAAGCCAAGAAAUUGAAGGCUUCGGUGGAGAUCAUGGAGGAGAAGCUUCGGUUGGCUCGUGAGGAGGCCGAAAGAUUGAAGCUUGAAGCGGAUGAAGCGGUCGCCGUGUGGAAUGAGAGAGAGAGCGGAUUUAUAGAUUGUAUGAAGAACUCCGAAGACGAGACCAAUAAAUUGAAGCAAGAGAACACGAAACUAAUCGAGUCGCAACGAGUGGUUAGAGAAGAGAAUUCCAAGUUGAGGGAUAUACUGAAGCAAGCGGUGAGCGAAGCCGCUGUGGUGAAAGAAGAGUUAGAAAUUGCGAGAAACGAGAAUUCUCACCUAAAAGAUAUACUAUCUGAAAAGGAAAAUGCAUUACAGAGCAUUAAGCAAGAAUAUGAAUGCAUUAAGGUCAGCGAAGCUGCGGCGCAAGAUAGUCUAAAGGAAUUGAAGAGCAUGCUUGAUACAACUUCUACUUACUCAACCAAAACUCCAUCUUCGGUCGACAAUGGUUCAACCGGACAACCAAAUGGGUCAUCAACUAAUGUUAAAUCAAGUGAGGGAACAAAUGGAUUUCAAUCUAAUAGAUGGAAUGGUGAGAAUUCGCGAGUUAAGAAAGGUCGAAGGCAUUCGAUUGGCGAGCCGGCUAAGUUUAAUGGAUCUAUGUUUGAUUUAGAAGGAUCUUUGGAGAAGAGUACGGAUCGGAAGUUUGCGUCGCAGAGUAAUGUUGCUGAUAUGAGGGCUGUGACUUCCAUGGUUGUAGAUGAGUUUGAAGAUGAAUUUGAUUACAUAGAUAGGUCUCACUUGGAUGGCAUGGAGUAUUCUGCGAAACAGAAAAAGAAGAAGACGAUUCUGCGAAAAUUUGGAGAUAUUUUUCGGAGAAAAAGUCUGCAAAGAUCAAAUUCAACAUCCUUUCCUUCUAAAUGAGUACACUGUAAUGCAUUAGUUUACUUUGGAGUUUGUUUAUGAUCCCAUUUGCUUUACUGAUAGAAUACAAUACAUGUUACAAGCAUCUUCUGCAUUGCUUCAUCAUAACAAAAACUUAGUUGUAAUCA